AUGUCGAUACCAACAUCGCCGGCGUUCGAAACAGUAAGGGCCGAUGAUCGUGGAGCGCCGCUCGCGGUCAUUAAUUGUAUCCUCAUCGUGUUCUCGGGGAUUGUGGUGCUGUCGAGAGCCAUCGUUCGGUGGAAUAUUACGAAGCUCAACGCAACUGAUGAUUUCGCCAUACAUCUUGCACUGGCAUUUGUAGUAGCGCAGACAGUUCUCGUACAACUCGCGAGAAACCGUGGAAUAGGGCGACACCGUCUGAGUCUUUCUGAGGAUGACUUCAGACAAUACAGUCUGUUUGCCUACCUCAGUCAACUUUUGACGCUCUGUGGGCUCUUCUGUGCGAAACUUGCUGUCUCGCGGCUCAUCGUAGCAAUCAGACCGCAGCGCACCUACCGACGCAUCUGCUUCGUCCUCGAAAUCGUUAUGCUGAUGUGGCUCAUAUCGUCAAUAUUUACCGUUGGCUUCCAGUGUCAGUUGCCGCAGCCGUGGCUGCUGAGCAAUGAUCGCUGCAUAGACCUGGUCGUGUUACACCGUUAUGUCGGAGCAAUGAAUAUCCUCACAGACGUGGUCCUGGUCGUAUUGCCCGCACCCAUAGUGUACCCUCUGCAACUUGAAAGGGACAAAAAGUCUCUGGUAAUUGCGCUAUUUGCAACACGCAUAUUUUCUGUCGCAGCAGAAGCAGCAUACCUUGUGUACUUCAACCAUUGGCUCGAAGUCAUUGACGAGGACCAGACGUGGGAAGCUGUUGAUGCGACCAUCGUACAUCAAGUUAUGCUCAAUCUGAGUCUCAUGACGGCUUGUGUUCCUUCCAUCCGCCGUGUGAUCAGUGAGCUGUACACAGGUCAGAUGGGAGUUAAGGUCAGCGAACAGCUUGAGCUGACGCUUGGUGGAACGACCGUGUCGACGACAACGAAAGUUGCUAGCCUCUCGGGUCACAAAAGCAUGAGCUCCAGGUCAGAGCAACGUCCCAAAGACAAUGCAGCAGUUGCACACAUGCCAUAUGGACACAAUGUGCCCCGAAUUGGCAACAUUGCCAGGAUAUACUCCGAACGAAGUCGGUCUCGUCCUGGGUUGACAAAGACCUCGAGCGAGGAACACCUGAGGGCCGAAGGUAUCAUGCGGACUAUUGAGGUCAGUGUGGAAGAUGGACGUAGUACACCAAGUGUGUCAGGCGACAUGAGGCGGCGACCAUGA